UUCCCAUUUUCUUUCUCUUUUUUUGUCUGCUGCCGGAUGAACUCACCCCGCAAAGGAUACUAACUUCACAAAAACUCUUCUAAAACAUUAUCCGCAGGCUCUAAAUAUGGUUCAGAAUGAUGCGCCUGAGCCACUCCGACUACACAAUCGCCUGGAUCUGUGCGCUCCCACUGGAGAUGGCCGUGGCCAAGGCGAUGCUGGAUGAGAUCCAUCCAGCCUUGCCCACGCGGCCCAGCGACCAAAACACCUACGUGCUAGGGACGAUCCGAUCGCACCAUGUUGUAGUUUCCUGCUUGCCGUCCGGUGUCUAUGGAACAACAUCAGCAGCGACCGUGGCUGCGCAGCUACUGUCAACGUUUCCCGCGAUCCAGUUCGGGCUCAUGGUUGGCAUCGGCGGCGGGGCGCCAACAACAGCAAACGAUAUCCGGCUGGGUGAUGUCGUCGUCAGCACGCCGCAGGGUACGCUGGGGGGUGUCGUGCAGUAUGACUUUGGUAAGACCGUCCAGGAGGGCGUGUUCCAACGAACAGGCGCAUUGAACCGCCCGCCACAGAUCCUCCUGACGGCCGUUUCGAAGCUGAGGGCGGACUAUCUCGUACAAGCGAGCCAGGUUCCGUAUCUGCUUGCUGAGAUGCUGGUGCGCUAUCCCCAUAUGCAGAGCGGGUUUUCAUCGCCAGGGCCCGAGAAUGAUGUCCUUUUUGAUGCCACCUACGAUCAUCCGGACCCUGACAGAUCGUGCCAUGCAUGCGACGCCAGCCGUGUAGUGUCUCGGCCCUCGCGAACAGGACUUGGCCCAGUGAUCCAUUACGGGGUUAUUGCGUCUGGAAACCAAGUGAUGAAGCACGGAGCCACCCGCGACCAACUGGCGAAGGAGCUCGGCGUCUUGUGUUUCGAGAUGGAGGCAGCGGGCCUCACGGACAGCCUACCGUGCCUGGUAAUCCGAGGGAUAUGUGACUACUCGGACUCACACAAGAACAAGGACUGGCAGGGGUACGCUGCGGCAGCUGCAGCAGCCUGGACAAAGGCAUUACUUGCAGUCAUUCAUCCCAGCCAGGUCACGGCGCCUCUGGGCCGCGCGCCCCGCCAGCAUACCUGGAUGAUCCCGUUUGAGCGAAAUCAAGACUUUGUUGGGCGGGCAACACACCUGGGGCAGCUCAUGCUGAGUAUCCAUCCAAACACAGACCCAGAGUGCUGCCAGAAGACUGCCAUAGUUGGGCUUGGGGGGGUGGGAAAGACGCAAAUCGCCCUCGAGGCUGCCUAUCGCCUGCACGAUCUUGAUCCGGAGUGUUCCAUCUACUGGGUGCCGGCGAUUGAUUCCACCAGUUUUGAACAGGCCUACCGUGCUAUUGCUCGGGACCUUCGCAUCGGCGGAAAGGCAGAUGACAAGGAAGACAUUAAACCGCUGGUGAAAACGGCCCUCAACCAGGACACCAGCCAUCGCUGGCUCAUGGUCGUGGACAGCGCCGACGAUCCAGAACUGAUGUUUAGUCGCGGCGCGACUGGCAAGAAUGAGGUCGCAGAGCCUCUUGCUUCGUAUCUGCCAUUCGGAAAGAAAGGCUCAAUUCUGUUCACGACGCGGAAUGAGAUUGUCGCAAGGAGAGCAGCAAAGAGAAACCUGGUCAAGGUAGAGCCGAUGGAUGCCACUGAAGCCCAGAGCUUGCUGGAGGCCAAACUGGACGCCUCAUUGAUGGUUGACGCGAGCAGCACAUUACGCUUGCUGGACCUUCUCACCAACCUGCCCCUUGCCAUAUUGCAAGCCGCGGCCUACAUGAAUGAAACGGGCAAAACGGUCUCGGAAUACCUGGAGAUCUACGAGUCGGACGAUAUGGAGAUGAUCUAUCUGUUGAGCCGGGAGUUCGAAGACUGGGGCCGUUAUGACACAGCCCAUAAUCCCAUUGCCACGACUUGGUUGAUUUCAUUCCUCCAAAUCUCCAAACGUAACAGCCUGGCUGCCGACUACCUUUGCCUCAUGUCAUUCCUCGCCGAGCAGGACAUCCCAGGCUCGUUAUUGCCCCGGGAUGGGAGGGCCAGGAUGGCAGACGCGGCCGCGACUCUCAAAGCAUAUGCAUUCAUUACCGAACGGAAGCAGUCAGAUUCCUAUGAUAUCCACCGCCUGGUACAGGUGUCAGUGCGGUAUUGGCUGAAAGAAAGAGACGAAUGGGGGGUAUGGGCGACCAAGGCAGUGCAGCACCUUGCUACGAUCUUCCCUGAUCCCGACCAUGAGAAUCAAGACAUAUGGUCUAGAUACCUUCCGCACGCUCAGCACGUUCUUGACUUUAGGAAGGACGCCAGUGAUGCCGCGAUGGAGUGCACGUUGCUGUCCAAGGUCGGGUUCGCGUCUCAAUUUCAGGGGAAAUACAAGCAGGCGACAAGCCUGCACUGCACCGCACUGGACCUGAGAAGAGCAACCCUUGGAGAGAGGCACCCGUUGACCAUGAGCAGUAUGAGCGACGCCGCGGCAACAAUGCGCAGCGAGGGUAAAUACCGACAGGCGGAAGAACUGCAUCGAGAGACCCUUGAGUUGCGCAACCAGGUACUCGGGGAGAAGCACCCGGAUACACUGACCAGUAUGAAUCACCUCGCCAUCGUACUUGACGACCAGGGAAAAUAUCAAGAGUCAGAGCAGAUCCACCGACAAACAGUUGAGUUGAUGCAACAGGUGCUCGGCAGGGAGCAUCCAGAGACAUUGGCGAGCAUGAACUGCCUCGCUAGUGUAGUCUACAGCCAGGGACGCUACAAAGAGGCCGAGAAGGGAUACCGGGAGACACUCAGGCUGCGGGACAAGGUCCUUGGAAAAGAGCAUCCUGACCGGCUGCGGACGAUGAACAACCUUGGCCUCGUGUUAGAUGACCAAGCAGAGUACGAAGAAGCGGAAGAGAUCCACCGACAGAACCUGCAGAUUAUAUCGAAAGUACUGGGCAAGACUAACCCCAUGACGCUCGGAAGCAUGAACAACCUGGCCCGGGUACUCAACCGGCAAGGCAAAUAUGCAGAGGCAGAGCAGAUGCAUCGCGAAGCCAUCACCCUCAAGGAAGAAGUGUUUGGCAACGAAAAUCCGUCCACGCUGAGAAGUAGAAGCAACCUGGCCGUUGUGCUGUUCAGGCAGGGGAAAUAUACAGAAGCUGCGGACUUGCAUUCGGAAACUUUAGGGCUGCGGCGGGAGGUCCUUGGAAACGAGCAUCCGGAGACACUUGUCAGUAUGAAUGGUCUUGCCGAUGUAUUCCUUCGCCAGGGGAGGUAUCAUGAGGCAGAACAGCUCUAUCGACAGACUGUUGAGAUUCGUGAACGUGUUCUUGGGAAGCAACACCCACUCACCCUUGAAAGUGUGGAUAACCUUGUCGCUGCCCUAGAGAGCCAGAAGCACGAAGAGGCGGAGCAACCUCAGCCAGCCUGAGGGUAAAGUAUAAAUACCUAUAAAUGCUGCGAACAAGCGGUACUGAGUACUGAGAGCAAGAAAUCGCCUUCGCCGUGUCGAGCCCUAAAACGCUGGGCACGUAACACGUUGAUGGUACCUUGCAGGCUCUUUCGCUUAAUACCGCUUCAAAGAUAUGAACAUAGCCAGACCAUCGGCACAGGCCGCCUUCCAACCGGACUCCAGCCGUACAAUAGGCCAGAGAAUUUCAGUCCGUUUGUCAGCUUUCCAAGUCGUGCAAUGGGGCGAGCAGGGUUGCAGC